ACGAGCUGAAUCGCGACUAUCUCCACCGAUCUCUAGCUGCUCUUCCAUCUCAUACGUACAUUCGUCUCUUCCUGCUCCUUUGUGUCCUCUUUCAUCUCAUACAUUCGAACAUUAUGGCCUCCUCUGCUUCGGUUCUGGCCGCGAUGCUCGUCGCCGCCGGCUGCGCCGCGGCGGCCUCGGCGAUGGAGAUGGACUUCUACGUCGGCGAUGCGCAGGGGUGGACGACCGGCGUCAACUACACUGCGUGGGCAAAGGGCAAACAGUUCGAGGCUAACGACACACUCUUAUUCUUCUACGCCAGAAACCAGCACACGGUGACGGAGGUGACCAAGAGCGACUACGACGCCUGCGCCGUGAGCGGCAACCCCAUCAGCAACUUCGGAGGGGGUGCGCUUUUUACGUCAAUAGCCCUCAGCCCAGGCACGCACUACUUCAUCUGCAGAGUCGGCAACCACUGCGCCAGCGGCAUGAAGCUCGCCGUCACCGUCUCCAACUCCAGCGACACCCCCAGGGCGCAGCCCUGGUCCCGGCCUCGCUCCGCGCCGACCGGCGCGUCCACACGCCUGCACGCCGGCGGCGGCGCCGUCGCCGCGGCCGCCGCGGUUGGGGUCCUCGUCAAGCUCGCGCUCUGGUGAUCGGACCGACUCACCGACAUGCAUGUCGAGCGCGGUCGAGCUGCACGCAGAACGUUGGACAGGGUGGAGGCAGUGCAUAAUUCUUGUAACGUUUGUGAUCAGAUUGUUUGAAUUGUUUUGUUCGAUCGUACGAGUGCUAACAAUUAAGUAGUAUUUGUGUAAUUUUUUUUUCUCUCCGUUGAUUCGUGUACCCUCUAGAUAUUACUAUCUGUACAUCUCCGCAUUUUAUAUGUCAUGGUGCUUACUAAGGUCGCAU